AUGCUUUUAGUUAUGGUGCUUAUAUACUUAUCUUUCAUUAUUAUAAAUGAUUUUCCUCCUUCAGAUACUGAUUCCUGUAUUAAUUGUCCAGAUGAUUCCUGGCCAGAUGAGAAGAAGAUCAUUUGCAAGCUGAAGGCUGUAGAGUACCUGUCCUUUGAUGACCCACUAGGCACAGCAUUGACUGGUCUGGCUAUUAUUCUUUCUGCCAUCCCUACAUUUGUACUAAUGACUUUUAUUAAAUAUCGUGAUACACCGAUAGUGAAGGCAAACAAUCGCAGUCUCAGCUACUUCCUCCUGGUUGCUCUUAUUCUUUGCUUCCUCUGCUCCCUGAUGUUUAUUGGAAAACCAAGUACUGCAAGCUGCUUACUUCGACAGGCUGCAUUUGGUGUUACAUUUUCUGUUUGCGUCUCUUUCAUCUUUGCAAAAACCAUCACUGUAGUUAUUGUUUUUGGUGCAACAAGGCCAGGAGGUUUGCAACAGAAGUGGUUUGGCUCUAGGACACCAAGUUUUAUUGGCUGUUUUUGUUCUGGUCUACAGGUCAUUAUUUGCACAGUCUGGCUUGGACUUUCACCACCUUUCCCAGAAGAAAACAUGAACUUGUUUAAUGAUAAAAUAAUCAUAGAGUGCAAUGAAGGUUCAAUCACCAUGUUUUAUCUCAUGCUGGGAUACCUCGGUCUGUUGUCAAGUGUAUGUCUUGUGGCUGCAUUUUUAGUACGGAAAUUACCAGACAGAUAUAAUGAGGCAAAAUUCAUCACAUUUAGCAUGUUGAUCUUUGUCAGUGUUUGGCUGACAUUCAUACCAGCAUACUUGAGCACCAAAGGAAAAUAUGUUGUUACUGUUGAAAUAUUUGCAGUUCUUUCCUCGGGGUUUGGAUUAAUGAGUUGUAUUUUCUUUCCUAAAUGCUAUAUAAUUUUACUGAGACCUAAUCUAAACAUUAAAGAGUCAGUUUCACGGAGAUCAAACUAA